GACUGCGCUCCAUGUGGCUAACUGUGAUGUCCAGAGACAACUAUUGAGCAUCAGUGGAAUCCAGGCUCCCCAAGUGCAACUUCUACAGAGUUCAUGGCACGGUGAUCUUGAACAACUUCAACAAUUGUUGGCGUCUGAAGAGUUCCUGGACAUAAAUUUCCCAAACCAGCACGGUCUGACCCCUGUGAUGCUAGCUGUGAGAGACGUGGACCUGUUUGAGGGCCUCGACAUGGUAACAGUCUACAGACCUGUGGAGGUUCUGUCUGAGCUCCUCCGGCACCGCGCAGAUCCGAAACUCUGUGAUUUUAGUGGAAAAUCAGCAAUACAUUAUGUGUCACAAAUAAAGAGUUUUAAGAAACAGCAGUUAUUGGAUAUUCUAAUGAAUUCUCUACCAAAACCAGAAAGACAUGCUGAAUCAUUGCUUGACAUUUGUCAUGAUACCAACUCUUCUCCAACUGAUAUGACAGUUACUAAAAACCAAAAUAUGCUCUUGCAAAGCAUCAGCAGCAGUGAGGAGUUUGACCAAGAUGAUGACUGCAGUCAUUCCAUAUUGGUUACUGAAAGAGGAGAUCCACGUGGUGAUGGACAAGGCUGGCAGCCCAGGACAGAAGAGUUUUCUACAUCUGAUAUGAAGUACAGUGGUCAACGAAUUGAGUUCCCUCUGCCACCAUUGUCACCCUUGCCUAUGAGACCAGGUCUUCUUAUUAUCCCCCCAAAUCACAAGUAUCAGCAAGAGAGAGAAAGAAAUAUUUCAAGCCUUGUACCUUUUGGACCUAAGCUCUCAGAGCCUGUGAAUCGAGCUGACGAGUUUAGACCAUCAAACAAGCACCCAGAAGCCUCGUGUAAGGUGCUUGUGGAUCAGACACUCCGGUCCUCUGAGAGUUCUAUUUGGUCCAGAAACAUGUGCUCUUUUGGGAAGGCUAACCAUCACAGAAAACACCUGGAGGUGGAGGAGGACAGGAAAUCUAAGGAAACAGAAGAAGGCGACAGAAUUCAGAUCUCUCACUUUGAAAAAGGGCCGUCUUCAGCGUGCCUUGAGAGUUUUAAGGAAGGCGAUUUUCCUGCGGAUGGGGCAGUGGGCAUUGACUGCCGUGGCCGUGGGACGAGGAAAGCGGAAGCAGAGGACUCUCGGCAUCUCCCGUCGGGGAAGACCGAGGGCUCUGUCGCCAGCAACUGUGACCAGGAUGCAGACGCUGGAUGCGCCAUGCUGAUCAAGUCCCAAGAAGCCCAGCAUUCAGAAAUAACGCUGAGCAAGGAGAGAGAGACCAGAACUGAUAAACAUGACUCAAAACGUGCUUCCAUGCCUAAAGGUGAAGUAAUUGAACCAAAUCGUAUUUUAGAAGAGUUUACUGUACUUAAAAGUUUGUCCAAUGUGAUUCCUGACAGCCCCAUUGAAAAGCUCCCAGAAGGUCAUAAUAACAUGGAGACAAAUAUAAAAGUAUCAAUAGCAGAGGCAACCAAACCAGAAAUUAAUGGGAUAGUGCCUCUUAUCCACAUCACUUUCCCUGGAGAUGAGGCUCCCAAGGGACCAGCAGUAGCCAAAGCAAGCCUCCAAAAAAGAAAGGGCACCCUUCACAACAAUAGCUUCAACAUACUUGCGCACCAAGAAAAUGACAGGCCUAAGAUGAAAACCCAUAGACAUAAGUUAGAUUCAAAAACCAAGACCAGUAACAGGACACCUCAGAAUUUCAUGAUUUCCACGGAAGGUUCCAUUAGGCCUAUCACGCAUAAAACCAGCAUAAAAACUCAAGUUUUCCCUUCUUUGGGGCUCAUUGACCCCAGACCUUGGCAGUCACCCAAGUUUCAAAGGAGAACGCCACAGAACGAAAAGAAGCAACCACCUUGCCGGGCUCUGAAACCUAAAAAGCAACCAUUUCCUUGCAUCUGUAAAAAUCCAGGAAUAAAAAAGUCUUCGGUUCCUCUCCCUGUGCAACCAACAGAGCCGAGACUAAAUUAUCUAGAUCUUAAGUACAGUGACAUGUUCAAAGAAAUCAACUCAACUGCUAAUGGACCUGGAAUCUAUGAAAUGUUUGGGACUCCUUUUUAUUGUCACAUGAGAGAGGCUGAACGGCACGAAAACAAAUAUCGCCGAGAAAUAUGCUCAGCUCCGUCAGGCAGAUGUGUCGCCACUAAAUGUCCAUCUUCACACAGUGAGAGGAACAGCAGUAGCAGAACAAGGCUUUCUCAGAAAAAAGGACAUGUUAAACCCCCAAAGGCUUUGCUUGGGGUGAAACGUAAGCACCAAAGUUUAAUUUCCAAAGAAAAGGGCCGCAAGGCUAUAGGUAGCAACCUACAAGAUGUUGAAAAUAGUGGUGGUAUUUCAGAACCAGAGUGGCAAGGGAAGUCUUCAGGAAGUGACUUUCUAUCUUCCAGAGAUGAAGUUCAGCCCAUGACCUUUGCUCAGACUCAUGAGCAGUCCAUUGAACAGAACGAAUUCCUUCCUGUCUCAGAUCUGUCCAUUGUUGAAGAAGUCUCCGUGGAAGAGUCUGCCGAUGAAGGAGACAUUUCUAACAAUCAAAUACUUGCCACCAGCCUCAGAGAUCUGCGUGAACUUGAAGAGCUACAUCACCAGAACCCAUUUUUCCUUUCAGAAAACAGCAUGGCAGUACCCACUGAGAACAGUUUCAGCAAGCAUGCACCGCAAGAAAAGAAGAAUACAGCAUCUCUUGGUAAAAUAAAUGCCAACCAAAUCUUAACAAAUAAUGUAGCGUUUGAUAGUUUGAUAGAUAAGUCUAAAACGCUUAUAGAUUUAUCUUUCCAAGAGAAACGAGGAAGUGCAUCUUCCCAAACAUCUCAACAUCGGGCACGUUCUGUGGAGCAUGAUAGUUCAGCUAAGUCAAUUACACAUCAAACGUUUGGGAGAACUUUAAAUGAUGCAAAUUCAAUUUCCCAAGAAAUUCUAGACUCUGUAAAGAAUGAAGAGUUGACAGAUGAACUAUUAGGUUGUCUAGCUGCAGAACUACUAGCGCUUGAUGAAAAAGAUAACAGCUCUCGCCAGAUAAUGGCAAAUGAAACAGAUCCUGAAAACCUAAGUCUUGUCUUCAGUAGGAGAGGAAAUACCAUGCAACAAUUGGGUGGAGAGACAACAAAUGUCAAAAUGCAGAGACUUGGUAAUGGGUUCAGCAUAUAUGACGAGGAGAAAUUUCUCAAUGAAAAAAAGACACUUUCUGAAAAUAGUUUAAAGUGUGAAGAACCUAUCCUGUGGACCAAGGGUGAGAUCCUUGGGAAGGGAGCCUACGGCACAGUAUAUUGUGGUCUGACUAGCCAAGGACAGCUAAUAGCUGUAAAACAGGUGGUUUUGGAUACCUCUGAUAAAUUAGCUACUGAAAGAGAAUACCGGAAACUGCAGGAAGAAGUGGAUUUGCUCAAAGCACUGAAACAUGUCAACAUUGUGGCCUACUUGGGCACAUGCUUGGAAGAAAACACUGUGAGCAUUUUCAUGGAGUUUGUUCCUGGUGGCUCGAUCUCUAGUAUUAUAAACCGUUUUGGGCCAUUGCCUGAGAUGGUGUUCUGUAAAUAUACCAAACAAAUUUUGCAAGGUGUUGCUUAUCUCCAUGAAAACUGUGUGGUGCAUCGAGAUAUCAAAGGAAAUAAUGUUAUGCUCAUGCCUACUGGAGUAAUAAAGCUGAUCGACUUCGGCUGUGCUAAACGUUUGGCUUGGGCUGGCUUAAAUGGCACCCACAGUGACAUGCUUAAGUCCAUGCAUGGGACUCCAUACUGGAUGGCCCCAGAAGUCAUCAACGCGUCUGGCCAUGGAAGGAAGUCGGACAUCUGGAGCGUGGGCUGCACGGUGUUUGAGAUGGCCACCGGGAGGCCUCCGCUGGCGUCCAUGGACAGGGUGGCUGCCAUGUUCUACAUCGGCGCGCACGGAGGGCUCAUGCCCCCCCUGCCAGAGCGCUUCUCAGAAAGCGCCUCUGACUUCGUGCGUGUGUGCCUGACCAGGGACCAGCAUGAGCGACCUUCCGCUGUUCAGCUCCUGAAGCACACCUUCUUGAAGAGUAGUCCCUGAAUAGACACCAAGAGUUUCCUUCCC